UCUGAUUGGAAGAAAUCAAUUAAUUUACAUUUUCUUUCGUUUUUGGACACGGACAGAACUCGACCAAGACUGAUACUCUUCAAAGCCCUUCUGCCCGCGACUUUUACAUAAACGGAUCGAUUUCGAUUGAUUUCGAUUUGCAAAUCUGAUUAAGCUCGUUCAAAUGUGUUCAUCGUUGUUACUUUAUCAGGAUUUGGUGUUGUUAGAUUCGAUGGAGUUGGUUUCUUGACAGGAAAUUGCAGUCGCUUUUCUAGCCAUGGUAGAUUACGGAGGAAGCCUAGAGAACGGAUUGGCUUACGGUCGAGAUACUCGAUCUCAGUGGAAUCGUCCGAAGGAGACUGGUAUUUCAAAUUUGGUCGAUAGGUUCUCUGGAUUGGGUGUUCAUGAUUCUUCCAAUGAAAGUUUAUUUCAGGUCAUGAAGGCAGUUGAAGCUGCUGAGAGUACCAUCAGGCAACAGGUGGAAGAGAAUAAUUCUUUGAGGAGUGAAAUUCAACGAAAAAAUGAGGAACUAGAAAGAUAUAAAUCAGAUGAUACUUCUGCAUUAAGACCUCAUUCAGAUGGCUUAAGUGAGCAUAUUCUGGGACCCUACAGACCACAUCAGUCUGUUUCACCUGUAGAGAAUCAAGAAGAUAGGCAUAGAUGGAUGGAUAAUACUUCAUCACUUGGCCCACAUGGUACAUUAGUUCUUAACCAAAACACAGUGCCAAAAAAUGAGGAUCCUGCCAUACAGACUCGAUCAGAAAGCCGUCACUACUCUGAAGGCAACAAGGUAAAUGGAACUUUGAAGGUAUUUUCUGGUGCACAGGCAGCUGGAGACAGUGCUGGAUUUUCCCAGUUUUCCUCACCAUCUUCAAGAUCAUUUUCUCCUACCAGGUACCAAAGGGAAGGGGACUAUGAUCCCAAGUUUAAUUUAUCCGGACAAAGGCUGAUGCCAUUUUCUGAGGCCAAUAACUCAAGCAGCCUUUGGAAGCAGGACCUUGUUCUUAAAGUUCGGGAGCAUGAAGAAGAGAUUUUGCAGCUGCGGAAACAUCUUUCUGAGUAUUCCAGCAAGGAAAUACAAAUUCGUAAUGAGAAUUAUGUCCUGGAAAAGCGGAUUGCGUACAUGCGUUUGGCAUUUGAUCAGCAGCAGCAAGACCUGGUUGAUGCGGCAUCAAAAGCUCUUUCAUACAGACAAGAUAUAAUUGAGGAAAACAUACGUCUUACCUAUGCAUUGCAGUCUGCACAGCAAGAAAGAUCAACGUUUGUCUCGUCUUUGCUUCCUCUCCUGGCAGAGUAUUCUUUGCAGCCGCCUGUGCCUGAUGCGCAAUCCAUUGUUAAUAAUCUCAAGGUUCUGUUUAGACAUUUGCAGGAGAAGCUUCUUGUUACUGAGACCAAGUUAAAGGAGUCUCAGUAUCAGGUAGGCCCAUGGCGUUCUGAUGCAUUUCCUCCAGCCUCACCAGUUCAUUCUCUUAAUUCAGCAUUGACUACUUCAAACAGAAAUGGGCUUGAACUGGUGCCUCAGCCAACAUAUCCGCAUGGGCAGACACCAAUAUCUUCUCAUUCUAAUGUUCAGGCAACCACAGGUUGGGCCCCAUUGGGUUUAAGUGGUGUCGCUACAAAAAAUAUGGAGCUGGAUAAUUUGGGAAGGUCUUCCCCUUCUGUAGGCAGGAUUUCUGCAGCCCAAGAUGUACCUUCGGAGCUCUUGGUUUCUAAUCGUGACUCUCAUGGCACACGUUUUGCUGAAGAGACCAACAACAAACAGCUCUCUUUUAAUGAUAUUGUUAGUGGCAAUGAGAUGGAUGAUCCAGAUGCAGCUGGUCACCAGAAUGCGAGAGAACCUUCUUCCAAUUGGGGGUCUGGAAACUCUCCUUAUAUGACGCCUACACAUGAUGAUCCAAAUUCUGCAUUUCCUCCUUAUUUACCACCAGUACUUGAGGAGCCUUCUUCCUCGAUUUCUGAAGCUGCAGAAGAUGAUCCUCUACCAGCCAUAGACGGCCUUCAAAUUUCUGGAGAAGCUUUUCCUGGUCGAGAACUUCAGACAAGUGGCUACUCCAUUAAUGGAACAACCAGUUGUAACUUUGAAUGGGUACGCCAUUUGGAAGAUGGGUCUGUGAACUACAUCGAGGGGGCAAAGCAACCCAAUUAUGUAGUUACUGCCGAUGAUGUUGACUCAUACCUUGCUAUUGAGGUCCAACCUCUAGAUAACAGGAAGCGCAAGGUUUCAAUUCCCUUUGGACAUGCAACUGAAUUUUUAACACUAAGUUCUGGUGGGGAUGAACACCUCCUGCGAACAGAUAACAGCUCGUUGAGGGAUAUCAUUGUUCUUACCAUGAGGUUGUUUAUCAUGCGGGCUGUUGAGAAAAGGAAAGGGAGGAAGAAGGGACUAUUCUUUAACAAGUAGGGGGCAUUUUUCCCUCAGUUCAGCUAGGGAAUUGCUGUAAAGAGUGUAAUCACAUGGCUGUGUACUUUAUGAGUGGAUGGAUGCAUUGUAUAUUUCACAUUCAAGUACACUGCUAAAUGAUCUGUAAUAAUGAUGAGCAAUUUUUUCAAGAAAGAGUUGGAUCAGGUCGUGUUCAAGAGUGUGAUGUUGUCAUGUUCAUUUUCUGUACUUGGUGGAAAUUUUUCUUCCCCUCUAAAUAGGUGAGGGGGAUGAAGGCAGGAUUGGAUCCCAGGUCUGAGGUAUGUGAAUCUAGUCCAUACCAGUGAAUGACACUGGUAAAAUUAUCUUUCUAUUAUUCUUUGUAACCUUUGGUUCUUUGGUAUUGAAAGUAGAAACAUAUUUGAACUC